AUGAGGAUGGCCGAAAUAAUAUUCCAGCGGCGAAAGAUCCCAACAGUAGUAUCAGACCCAAACCCUCUGAUAAUCCUACUGAUACUCUCCCUGCUACAGUCAUGUUGGUCGCAAGUGAUCAACAGAGCCCCACACUUCGUGCCUCAGAUAGGGGACAUGUCACAAUUCAGUUUAUCUGAAGACACACCUGUUGGAACACCGGUUUAUCAUUUAAAAGGGGUUGAUCCAGAAAAUGGUCCACUGCGAUACUCAAUAUCUGGGCAGUACUUCUCAGUGGACUCGUUGACGGGAGUUGUGACUCUCGCCAAGACCCUGGACAGGGAGGAGCAGAACGCUUUGGAAGUCAUCAUCAGUAUAACAGAUGAAGGUAUAGCCAACACUGAGCCCAACACGAUAUCAUUAAGACGUGUUAUACCAGUGAAGGAUGUGAAUGACAAUCCACCCAUCUUCCAUAACAGGCCUUACAUUGUCAAUAUCAGUGAAGCCACAACUGUUGGGACUGAGAUUGAGGUAAACCCAAAGAUAACGGUAACAGAUCGUGAUGAAGGAGAGAAUGCAAGAAUACGAGUGACAUGUUCUACCAAAGAGAAAGGAAGCGACUCAGAAGCAUGUGCCACGUUUAGAGUCGAAACUGAUAUGAUAACACCAAACGAAUACCAAGUACGACUGUUUCUAAAUCAACCUCUAGACUUUGAGAGUAGAUCAGCAUACGUCAUCAGUUUAGAAGCAACUGAUUCAUCAGAUAGACCAUUGAGAGCGCUCGCUAGUGUUUCAGUCGCAGUAUGGGACGUUCAAGAUCAACCACCGAUGUUCUUGAAUGCGCCAUUUUCAGCUACUGUGCCGGAAAAUACUCUACCGAAUACCAGCAUUAUGGACAUUAUAGCCAAAGAUGGAGACACAGCCAACCCUCGACCAGUUUUGUUGACCCUCGAAGGUGAUACUGAACAGUACUUCAAGUUGCUACCCGACAGACCUUUGGGACGAGCUACGCUGGUGGCUUCAGACAUUCCUAUUGACAGAGAAAGUGAUGUCGUAAUGCAAAAUGGAGGCGUCUACAGCUUCUUUGUCAAGGCUACAGAAAUGAUAAACAAUGAAGUGCCAUCAGACUUUACAGUGACCACUAUAACCAUUAUUGUAACUGAUGUUGAUGAUCAUGUGCCAAAGUUCAAUAAAGAGGAGUUUGAUAUUUCAAUUCCUGAGAAUAUAGAGAACGGUAGUCCAAUCCCGGGUUUAUCAAUAUACGUUGAAGAUCAUGACAUAGGUCAAAACAGUAAAUAUGAUUUAAAGUUGAGGGAUGUCUGGAAUUCUGAAGGUGUAUUUUCGAUUAGUACAGACCAUGGUGAAGGAAGAACCCCAAUUAGCAUCAAAGUUAAAGAUUCUUCGAAGUUAGAUUAUGAAGUAGAUGAUGACGAGAAACGACUAUUUAGUUUCGAUAUCGUUACAUCUGCUAAUGGAGUAGAAUUAUCUUCAGCUCGAGUUAAUAUAAAACUUCUUGAUAUGAAUGACAACACACCUAUUUUCCAAGAACCUACCUAUAAAUUCAAUGUUCCUGAAAACGCAACUAUUGGAACUAAAAUAGGCGAUGUGUAUGCUACGGACCGAGACUAUGGAAUAUUUGGUGAGAUUGAGUACACUUUGACUGGUUUUGGAUCAAAUAUGUUCAAGACUGAUAAAAAUACAGGUGGUGUGUAUGUAAGACAGAUACUAGAUUAUGAAAAGCAGAAAAGCUAUAGUCUAACACUAUUUGCUAAAGAUGGAGGAGGAAAAGGAUCGACUGCAAGUAUUUUUAUAGAUGUACUGGAUGUUAAUGAUAACGCUCCUCUAUUUGAAGCUGCAGAAUACAGUAGAACAAUUAGAGAUGGUGCUACAAGCUUUGAGCCACAAUUCGUUAUUCGUGCUACUGAUGCUGAUGGUCCGACUCAAGGUGAUGGCCAAAUUAAAUACUCAUUAGAAUCUGACAACAGUAUUAGUCGCAAAGGCAAUGUGUUCACCAUAGAUGAAGAAACGGGAGAAAUAAGUAUCAUUGAAAAAGUUGAUAGUAUUCCACCACUCCAUAACGAAACCCGAGUUUACAUUCGCGUAGGAGUUCCUGGUAAUCAAAGACCUACUUUUAAGGGUAACUAUCAUCACUACAAAUAUACUAUCUCCCAAAAUAGCCCAGAAACCACAGAAGACUUCACAUUUGAUUUAAAUCCAAUGAACUACAAGGCAAAUAUAAGAGAAGACGCUAAACCUGGACAGAAUGUGACCAUGGUAGUGGCUAAUGAUCCCGAUGGUCUCGAUGAUUUACUCACGUAUCACAUUGUAUCAGGGUCAAGAGAUAAUUUCAUUAUAAAUGAGAAGUCUGGUCUUAUUACAGUAUCCAACGACGCUAACUUAGAUAGAGACAUUAACCCGGAACGAUACGAAAUCAUUGUAUCAGCUGUCGACAGUGGAAUGCCUAUACCAGAAACAGCCACUACUACAGUUUUUGUUACUAUACAAGAUGUAAAUGAUAAACCACCAAAAUUUAAUGUGACUGAAUCAACUACACAUAUUUCUGAGAAAGCUAAAAUAGACGAUUUAGUAACAAAAAUUACGGCUUACGAUACAGAUGUCAAUGCAAAGCUACAAUACAGUAUUGUACAGCCAAUUAAAGCCCUUUCUAAAGCUGGUGUUCAACUAAAACCUAACUCGCCGUAUGAUUACAAACAUAUUUUCCGAAUUAACGAAGAUACUGGAGAAAUAUUUGUUAAUGGAACGUUGGAUUACAGCAUGGCAUCAAUAGUAAUAUUGACAAUCAAAGUUGUAGAUGUUAAUGCAGAAAUCAACAAGGAUAAACAAUUUGCUGUCAUAGAACAUACUAUUUAUAUACAGCCUUACGCUGAUAAAAACCCACAAUUUACAAAUGCUGGUUGGACUAGUUCAAAUCCAGUAAUAUACCACAAAAUUAAAGAAGAACAGCCUAUUGGAAGUACUGUUCUUGUUUUGACAGCUGAAGAUCCAGUUUCUGGACAUGUAGUGUCCAGUUACAAGGUUAUAAAUGCAGAAACUGGACUACUUCAAGUAGAUCCUCUCAGUGGUCAAGUUGUUUUAACUAAACAUUUAGAUUAUGAAGACUUAACGACUCCUAAUUUGACAAUAACCGUCAAAGCCGCAAGUAAUGAUGGUAGUAAGCAUAGUAUUGCUAAAAUUAUUAUAGAAGUUAUGAAUAUCAACGACAAUCCACCUAUUUUUGAAAAAGAUCUCUACAAAGUCAGCGUUUUGGAGUCUGUAAAAUAUCCAGAACAAAUUGUUAUGGUCAAAGCUCAUGAUGCUGAUGCCGUAUUAACUGAAGAAGAUAAAGUAAAAGGUUAUUCUGAUAUCAGAUAUACGUUGAGAGGCGAGAAUUCUGACCUGUUUAAAAUUGAUAAUGUUACUGGAUCCAUACAGGUAGCCGAAAAUAAAACAUUAGACAGAGAACGACAAUCAGUUCUUCGGAUGGAAAUUGAAGCAGCUGACACUCCGAACGGUGGAGCUGAUAAGUUGAAGGCCACUGCUACAAUUCUAGUAGAUGUUCUUGAUGUUGAUGAUAACUCACCCCAAUUUGAGAAAAAUGUUUAUACAGCUGUAGUGCCAGAAAACGUACCAAUCGGCAUAAGCGUUAUAAACGUGACGGCUACAGAUCCCGAUGAAGGAUUGGGUGGAGAAAUCAAAUACGACUUCUUAGACGAAGGCGAAGCUAAUGGACUAUUUACAAUAGACGCUGUAACAGGAGAAAUCAAAACUCGUAAAGUUCUUACUGGCCGUGGUCGCACAGAUCCUUAUAGACUGCUUGUUGGUGCCACUGAUGGUGGAGGACAUUCUGGAGAUACGUCAUUAUCUUUGUACAUCGGUGAUGUUAGCGCUAAUGAUGGAGUACCUAGAUUUAUUAGACCGGCUGCUGGAGAAAUACUAAGUAUUAGUGAGAACGCAACUAUAGGAUCUGCAGUAUACCAAGUGGUAGCAAGUGACCCUGAUGAUCCAACUCAACCUUCUGGACAAUUGUUCUAUUCUAUACAACCGAGCAAUCCUGAUGCCAAGAUUUUCGCUAUUGAUCCUCACUCUGGUCAAAUAACAACAAGACAGUCGCUAGACAGGGAGAGAAAGGCAUCAUAUACAUUGGUGCUACUAGUCACUGACAGAGGUCAACCACCUCAACAAAGUACCAGAAUUGUUACAGUCAUGGUCACUGAUGUUGAUGAUCAUAAGCCACACUUUGGAAGAAACUCGGAUGACCCACCAGUUUUAAUGACAGUAAAAGAAGAAGUUCCCAUUGGAACUGUGAUUGGUCAACUUGAAGCCAUUGAUGAGGAUAUAGACGAGAAUGCUGCUAUCGAUUACGCUAUUACAGUUGGUAAUGACUUUGGCUUGCUGAAACUAGAAAGGACGAACGACAGCAAGGCUUUAAUUAUAGCAGCAGCGAGACUGGACAGAGAGACGCUGUCGAAGCAACUGAUUACUGUUAAAUGCUUCAAGUACGGCACUAAGCCGAGACUAACCAAGUCGUAUAACAGAUUGGAUCCCUCAGAAACUCAAGUACUGAUUAAAAUUUUGGACAUAGAUGAUCAUUUACCAGAAUUUGAGAGUGCCAACAUGACUGUAGGAGUCAGACUGAAUGUGCCUAUAGAUACUAUGAUAGCUUCUGUCAAGGCUACUGACAAGGACCCUGAUGCAAGACCUAUUGACUACAGUAUCGUCAACAUGACUUUUGUGUCACCGAUUAAGGGCAAAUCCUUGGACAAUAUCACUGAUGUAAUUGUUCUAAACAAUAUGACUGGAGACUUGAAGAUUAUGAAGAAUUUGAUACAUUAUGCCGAUGGUAUAUUUAGAUUGAUCGUACGCGCUAAUAACACAAAUGAUCCGGAAAGAUUCAGCGAUAUUCUAAUAGAGGUCGUGGUAGUAAGAGAACGCGACCUCCUCCGGCUGGUGAUGCCUGGUGGGACCAGACAGAAGUACGCUGACCUUCGGGACAGGAUGUCGGCUGCUCUCGCACAGAAAGGUCUUCGAAUGCAACUUCACGAUGCCAACACAGCAUUCUUUGCUAAUCCAGGACCAUGCUUCCAAUUUAGGAAAACGGAUUCCGGCGAAGCUUUAACCCCUAAAGCCAUGAAGGCAACCAUACGUGCCCUAGGAACUGAGUUCCAAGAGAUCCUUGAAAACUUCAAUGUGCACAACAUCACCAGCUGUGGCGCAUCACGAACGAAACAUUCGCCAGCACAACAUGCAUUGCUGGCUUUGGCUGGAGUACUGCCGUUUGCAGCGUUCAUAGCCACUCUUGUACUAUGUUGCAUGCAUUCUAGUGCCAAGAAGAGAGCUCGUGAAGCCCUUCUAAUAACAAGAGAACCACCGCCUGUAGCUGCCAGUAACAUAUCAGUGCCCACAAGGUUAUAUGCAGAACCUCUAUAUACCACGUGACGGAACUACAAAAACUGAGCUCUAAAACUAUUGUACAAAAGAUUUUAUUUAAGUCAAAGCAAGGCUGCGCAAAUAUGUAGUUCCCACGUGUGAAACGAGACACCGGGGUGGUCCCCAGGCGACGAUUCUCGAUGCCCCCUUGGGCUUUAUGAGAAUUUUCCAUCAUAGGGUGAAAAAUAAUGUAAUAGGUAAUAUAUAAGAGUCUGUUAUGCUUGUGUCAUAUAUGUAAAGGUAAAAAUAACAUAUUAUACAAAAUGUUAAAGAAUGAGUGAGAUUAUGAUUAAACCAUUUUGUUGAAUUAUAAAAAAAUACAACUUUGUUGAUAAAAUUAGGCGAAAUCUAAAUUAUUUUUUCUUCUUAAUUGUUUUCUAAUUACAUGUUCAAAUAAUGAAUUAAUUAAUGUAAAUAAUAACAUCUCUAGGAGUCAAUGUACUUGACGUGUUUCUGUUUAUUGCCUUUUAUAUUCAUUGAACUCUAAACAUA